AUGUCAUCAUCGAAUAUAGGUGAUGGUAAUCUAGGCGAUUAUUUUCCACAACAAAAUCAACCAUCACAAACAGCUAUAACAGCAUUCUUAGCUAAAUUAUGGGCACUUGUUAAUGAUCCAUCAUGUGAUGAUCUUAUUACAUGGGAUUCAUCUGGUGGUUCAUUUCAUGUAUUUGAUCAAUCUCGUUUUGCACGUGAAAUUUUACCACGUUAUUUUAAACAUAAUAAUUUUGCAUCAUUUAUACGUCAAUUAAAUAUGUAUGGUUUUCGUAAAAUAUCAACGAUUGAACAUGGUUCAUUAAAAAGUGAACAUGAUGAUAUUGAAUUUGCACAUCCAAAUUUUAUACGUGGACAUGAUACAUUAUUAGAAUUAAUUAAACGACGUGCACCUGAUAAUCAACAAAAAUUAAAUAUACAUACAACAAAAACAGAAUUACCAACAUCAUCAUCAUCAACAACAACAUCAGCAUCAUCAUCAUCAUCAUCGGCACUCGUAUCAACAAAUUAUAUUGAUACAAAACCACCACGUUCAAUUGAAUUAUCACAUUUACUUGAUGAUGUGAGAAAUUUACAAGCGAAACAAACAUCAUUAAGUGAUAAAUUAUUUCAUAUGCAAGAUGAAAAUCAAGCAUUAUGGCGUGAAAUGAGUAUAUUAAAACAAAAACAUUCUAAACAACAACAAAUUGUAUCAAAAUUAAUGGAAUUUCUUUUACAUUUUCUUACAAAUUCAACACAAACACAACGACCAUCUGUUGAACAAGCAUCAACAGAACAAUCUCAACAACAACAAACAAAACAUCAUACAAUAACAAAUCCACAAUUAUCGACUAAUAGUCUUAAACGUAAACCAGCUGCACUUAUGCUUAGUGAAGAACCAAAUAAACGUACAACACAUCAUCAUCAUCAACAACAACAACAACAACAACAACAUAUAUUAACACAAACAAUUAAUCUUGAAAGACAACCAGGUAUAAUAAUUAAUGAAUUAACAGAUAAUGAUACAGGUGGUUGGCUUCAUACAACGGAUACAUCACCAUUAGUUGAUCUUGUACCAUCACCACCACCAUUAUCAUUACCGGCACCAUCUCAAACAGCUUCAAUACAAUCUAUUGAUGAUCAUUAUCAACAACAACCGACAAAUUAUGAAUGGACUGUUCAAACGAAUGAAAUUCAUGAUGCAUUAAAUUUUUCGCAACAACAACAUAAAUCUUAUAAAACAAUUGAAAAUGGAAAUAAUGAAAGUCAACCGACAUAUAUUCCAGAUUUUUUCUUAAAUACAGAUAAUAGUCAUGAAGCAAAAACGCAUAUUGGACAAAUAGAUGAAGCGAAUUUAACGGGCAUCAAUACGUCAUCAGCAAAAAUUCUUCCAAUGAUAAAAGCUGAACAAAUAAAUUUUCCGAAUACAUUUCAUCAAAAAUCAUCAACAUUAAAUUCUUCAAUUUAUUCUAAUAAUAAUAAUAAUAAUAAUAAUAUUAAACAAUCAAAAGUCAUACAAUCAGCAAAUCCAUCUGAAACACUUGUACCUUUUUCUUUACAUGACAUAACUGGUGAUGUUAAUCAUAUUCAAACAUCACUGGAUAAUAUACGUGAAUUAAUGUUUGAUAAUUUACCUGAUUCAACAACAAUUGAAGAUUUAUUUUGUGAUGAUCAUGUUUUACUUUCACCAUUAUUAACAAAUAAUAGUCAAACAACAAAUAUAUUAACAGAUAAUAGUCAUGAUGAUAAAGUCAAUAAUCAUUAUUCAUAUUCAUCAAAUUCAAAUGAUAUUAAUAAUACAACAUCAAAAUGUAAACAACUUAUACUUCAUAAAAGUGAAUUACCAUCGAAAAUUUCUGAAAUCGAUGUUAAUAAUCAACUACUUGAGCAAUUAAUCAAUGAAACAGCUAUUAUUGAAGAGCAACGUCAAACAAUAAAUCAACUGGAACGUGAAAAAAUUAAUUUAGAAGGAAAAAUUCAUAGAUUUGAACAACAACAACUGCAGCAACAGCAAACAAAUCAAAGAAAAUAA